UUUUUAGGGUCUUGGGCAGGAGAAGAUCCGCCUCUGAGGGUUGAUCGUCUCACUGGUAUUUAUACCAAAGGCAUCGUCAGAACAGAGUCCCCGAGGAAAGGAGAUCUCUAGUCCACUCGGUCCCUGGCAUCCUGUCACCUCUGAUCUCAGCCAUGUGUGAAGAAGAGACAACCGCCCUGGUGUGUGACAAUGGCUCUGGGCUCUGCAAGGCCGGCUUUGCUGGAGACGACGCCCCCCGUGCGGUUUUCCCGUCCAUCGUGGGCCGUCCCCGUCAUCAGGGCGUGAUGGUGGGAAUGGGCCAGAAAGACAGCUAUGUAGGGGAUGAAGCCCAGAGCAAGAGAGGAAUCCUGACUCUCAAGUACCCCAUAGAGCACGGGAUCAUCACCAACUGGGACGAUAUGGAGAAGAUCUGGCACCAUUCUUUCUACAAUGAAUUGCGCGUGGCUCCCGAAGAACACCCCACGCUUCUCACAGAGGCACCCCUGAACCCCAAGGCCAACAGAGAAAAGAUGACUCAGAUUAUGUUCGAAACCUUUAACGUCCCUGCCAUGUACGUUGCCAUCCAAGCUGUGCUGUCCCUUUACGCAUCUGGCCGUACCACUGGGAUCGUGCUGGACUCCGGUGAUGGCGUCACUCACAACGUUCCUAUUUACGAAGGCUACGCUCUGCCCCAUGCGAUCAUGCGCCUUGACCUGGCUGGGCGUGACCUCACGGACUACCUCAUGAAGAUCCUGACAGAGAGAGGCUACUCUUUUGUCACCACGGCUGAACGGGAAAUUGUGCGUGACAUCAAGGAGAAGCUGUGCUACGUGGCUCUGGACUUUGAGAACGAGAUGGCCACAGCCGCCUCUUCCUCUUCCCUGGAAAAGAGCUAUGAGCUCCCUGACGGGCAGGUCAUCACCAUUGGCAACGAGCGAUUCCGUUGCCCAGAAACCCUUUUCCAGCCCUCCUUUAUUGGUAUGGAGUCUGCUGGCAUCCACGAGACGACCUACAACUCCAUCAUGAAAUGUGACAUCGACAUCCGUAAGGACCUCUACGCCAACAACGUCCUUUCGGGAGGCACCACCAUGUAUCCUGGCAUCGCAGACAGAAUGCAGAAGGAGAUCACAGCCUUGGCUCCCAGCACAAUGAAGAUCAAGAUCAUUGCCCCUCCUGAGCGCAAGUAUUCUGUCUGGAUCGGAGGCUCCAUCCUGGCUUCUCUCUCCACCUUCCAGCAGAUGUGGAUCAGCAAACCGGAAUAUGACGAGGCCGGCCCUUCAAUUGUGCACCGGAAGUGUUUCUAAAGACCAGAGCCGGGUUCUGCCAGAGCCUGGAGACUCCUUUUCUUCUUCCUUUGUGAUUCUUUCUCUCUCUUCAAUAAGCAUUAAAACUUUUUUCAAGUC